AUGGAGCAGCAGCAGCAACAGCAGCCCCAGCAGCAGCAGCCUGCUGGCGGCGUCCCAGGCCCUACCGGCCGUCGCCUUCACAUUGCGCACAGGAGAAGCCCUUCCGAGCUGACUCCGUUGAUGAGCAUGUUUGCCAAUCCGGGCAUGGAACAGCUAGCUAUCCAGCAGCAGAUCGAGCUGUUGCAGCAACAGCAGCAACAGAUCCAAGCUACCCAGCAACAAUACAUGAACAUGGGAAUGAUGCCCCCUACGCAACAGCUCGGCCCCGGCGGUGCUUUCAACCUGCAGCCGGGCAUGGCGCCGCAGGGCGGCUUCCAGUUCCCUCAACAGCUUCCACAGCAGAAUGUUAACAUGGGCGGUCCUCCCACACAGCCCAUGUCACAUCGCCGUAAUCAGUCGGCACUCCCCAACAUGGGAAUGGGUCCCCCUCCCGCUCCCUCCUCUGGUGCUUCCGGUGCGGCCUAUAACGAAGCCGCCGGCGCUGCCCCCGCUGGUAGAGAAAAUGCCGGCGGUCGCGGAGGCCGAGGCGGCGGUGCCGGAGGUGGCCAUCAGAGACGUCACUCUCUCGCCCUCGCCGAUGCAAAGAAGGCGGCUGAAAUUGCCCAGCAGAAGCGCACAACGUCGGGUUUCCAGUUCCCCGCGGCGCCGGCUCCUGGUGAUGAAGGUGGCGCCUCCGCCCCCGCCCCCGCUCCGACGCAACCCGAGGCCCCAAUUGCCCAGGGCACCACCGCCGGUCGCGGACGCGGAGGACACGGCCGCAGUCAGAGCAUGGCUGUCAACGGCCGCGGAGGUGGUGGCGCCGGCCGUGGUGGCUUCUCCGGUGAUAACCAGAACGACUUCGGACGUCGUGGUAGCUCCGGCCAUGCCAGAACCGGCUCCCGCAACUUUGACGGCAACUGGCGCAACCAAGGUGGUAACCAGGGCCAGGAGCAGGGUGGUUUCCAGCCUGGUCACCGCUCUCGCGGCUCGAUCAACCAGUCUAUUUCUAGCAUUGGCGCGUUCCAGUACCCUGGUCAGCCUCAGCUUAUGCAGAUGCCCGGCCAGAUGCUCCCCAUGCAAAUGUACCCCGGUCAGCAGCUUAACCCUAUGCAGAUUCAGCAGCUCCAGGCCCUUCAGGCCCAGAUGAACGGACAGCCAUUUGUCGGUCUUCAGGGCGGUCAGCACGGCGGUCAGCUUGGUGGAAACCAGCAACAGCAGCAGCAGAGAAAGACUCUCUUCACUCCUUAUCUACCCCAGGCCACUCUCCCGGCUCUUCUCGGCGAUGGUCAGCUCGUCUCUGGUAUCCUCCGUGUCAACAAGAAGAACCGCAGCGACGCCUAUGUCUCCACCCAGGACGGUCUGCUCGAUGCUGAUAUCUUUAUUUGCGGUAGCAAGGAUCGCAACCGUGCCCUUGAGGGUGAUCUGGUCGCCGUCGAGUUGCUCGACGUCGACGAGGUUUGGUCGCAGAAGCGCGAGAAGGAAGAGAAGAAGAAGCGCAAGGACAUCACUGAUACCCGUUCUGGAUCGACCAACGGACAGAACCAGUCGUCCAACAACAACGACGACAACACCCAGCAGGAGGGCGGCAUCCGCCGUCGCGGCAGUCUGCGCCAGCGUCCCACGCAGAAGAAGAAUGACGACGUGGAGGUCGAAGGACAGAGCCUGCUUCUCGUCGAAGAGGAGGAAAUCAACGAUGAGGCCAAGCCCCUUUACGCCGGACACAUUGUCGCCGUCAUUGAGCGUGUGGCUGGACAGAUGUUCUCCGGUACUCUCGGUCUGCUCCGACCCAGCAGCCAGGCCACCAAGGAGAAGCAGGAGGCGGAGAGAGCUGCCAGAGAUGGUGGUAACAACCGUCAUCAGGACAACCGCUCCCAGGAGAAGCCCAAGAUCGUUUGGUUCAAGCCUACCGACAAGCGCGUGCCUCUCAUUGCCAUUCCUACCGAGCAGGCUCCUCGCGACUUCGUCGAGAAGCACCAGGAUUACGCGGAUCGUAUUUUCGUGGCCUGCAUAAAGCGCUGGCCGAUUACUUCCCUGCAUCCUUUCGGUACACUCGUCGAGCAGCUUGGUCGUAUGGGUGACCUUAAGGUGGAGACCGACGCCCUGCUUCGCGACAACAACUUCUCCUCCGACGAGUUCUCUGAUGCCGUUCUGCGCAGCGUUGGGUUGGCGGAUUGGUCUCUCGCUAAGGAGGAUGAGACUGCUCUUGCUGCUCGCCGCGACUUCCGUGAUGAGAAGGUCGUUACUCUCGACCUCGACGGCUCGCCCGAGCUUGCCAACGCCAUUCACAUCAAGACUCAGCCUGACGGCAAGAUUGACAUCGGCAUUCACAUUCCUGACGUCACUCACUUCGUGAAGCCCAACUCGCUCGUCGACCGCGAGGCCAAGAAGCGGGGCACGGCUGUUCACCUCGUCAACCGUACCUGCGCCCUGCUCCCUCCCAAGAUCUUUGGUGAGGUUUGCUCUUUGACACCUGGCGAGGAGCGCCUCGCUGUCAGUGUCCUCUUCCGCGUUAACCCCCACAACGGUGCCGUUGCUGAGGGCGACGCUUGGGUCGGCAGGAGUAUCAUCAAGAGCACCGCCAAGGUUACUGUUGAUGAGAUCGAUGCCGCCUUGAAUGGCCAGGCAGACUGGAAGCACGAAUCCAUCCAGCUCAAGGAUGUUCAGAUCCUCAAUGCUGUCGCGCAAAAGUUCACCGAGGCUCGUCUUGGUGCUGGUGGCGAGCCCAUCGCUCCCCUGAGACUCAUGCAGCAGCUUGAUGACGAGAACAUUCCCAUCAAGCACAACAUUUUCGAUUCCUCCCCCGGCACUGAGCUUGUCGAGGAGCUCAUGCACAAGGCCAACACCUUCGUCGCCCAGCGCCUGGCUGAGGCUCUCCCUGAGAAGGCUCUGCUGCGUCGUCAAGGCCCGCCCAACGCUCGCCGUCUGCAGACCUUUGCUGAUCGCAUGAACGCCAUCGGCUACGAGGUUGAGACUUCUGGCAGCGGCAGCCUCCACAACAGCCUGUUCAAGGUUGAUGAUGCGGACGUUCGCAAGGGAAUGGAGACUCUUGUUCUCAAGUCAAUGCAGCGCGCCAAGUACUUCAUUGCCGGAAAGACAGCCAAGCAGUUGUGGCCUCACUUUGCUCUUAACCUGCCGCUUUACACUCACUUCACCAGUCCCACUCGGCGCUACGCCGACAUCAUUGUUCACCGCCAACUCGAGGCUGCCCUUUCCGAGGGUAAGAUCGAAUACACGGAAGACCUCGAGAGCCUUGUUAAGACGAUUGAGGCUUGCAACACCAAGAAGGACUCUGCUCAGAAUGCCCAAGAGCAGAGCAUUCACAUUGAGUCCUGCCGCAAGAUGGAUAAGAAGAGACAGGAGGUCAACGGCGAUCUCAUCACGGAAGGUAUCGUUAUCUGCGUGUACGAGUCUGCAUUUGACGUUCUCAUUCCCGAAUGGGGCUUCGAGAAGCGUGUGCACUGCGAUCAGUUGCCUCUCAAGAAGGCCGAGUUCAGGAAGGAGAAGAGGGUGCUCGAGCUCUACUGGGAGAAGGGCGUGCCAAGCUCCGCAUACGUACCUGAGGAUGAGCGGCCCAAGGCCGCCGCCUCUGUUAGAAAUGCCAACGCCAUGGCUGCUGCUCGCCAAGCGCAAGAGGCUGAGCGCGUCAAGAAGGAGAGGGAAGAGGCUGCUCGCAAGCAGACGGAGACGGGCACCAUCUCCACCGACGACGUCGACGCUCUCUUCGACGAUGACGAUGACAACGCUUCGGAUGUCACCGAGGCGAUGGCCGGUGCUUCGUUGGCCGAAAGGCCCACGCAAAGCGUCCCCGGCUCGCCGACCCGGUCCGAUGCCAAGCCGUUGCAGCGUACCAGGUCCGACUCGAAGGUGCCCGCACCUGAGGCUCCCGAGACCCGGCUGUCGAACAAGGAGAAGUACCUUAAGCUCUUCAAGCUGCGUGAGGAGGGAGGCGAGUACAUCCAAGAUGUCACGGAGAUGACCAGGGUCCCUGUGAUCCUGAAGACUGAUCUCUCCAAGAGCCCACCUUGCUUGACCAUUCGGUCUUUGAACCCCUAUGCUUUGUAA